AUGAAUUUAUCAGAUCCUUCAGAUGGUGGGUCCAGCAGCGAUGAGAGUUCCAUCCCGGCAAAACGCCGACGAUCAGAUACCUUUGGUGCUUCCUCUACGACCUCUCACGGCUCUGUUGUUCAAGAUGAUUCAGAUGAUGAAAAUAAAGCAUAUGGUGAUCGUACCUCAGAUGUUGGGGAAGACAACAGUAAUACUGGACUCCCUGUGAAACCAUUGCAAAGAAGUAGUAGGUUGAGUCAAAGUAGUUUGAGUGAAAAUUGUUCUUCCCCCAAUGACGGCUAUAUAGAUGAUUUUAGACCAGGAUUUGAUGACAAUGAUGAGGUUUCUAUAAGACCUGGUUUCUGUGGCAGUGGAGAAAAUUCAUUUUAUAAUAAAGUACCAGAGGAGUUUACAAAAGAUAUUAAUGAUGCAUUUAAAAGUGAAUAUUCAGAAAAAUCGAAGAGAAUAAUGAGCAAUAUGGGUUAUAAGCCUGGCAAAGGUUUAGGUAAAUUUGAACAUGGAAGAGUUGACCCCGUUCAGGCCUCAACACAAAAGGGUCGAAGGGGUUUAGGUUUGACUCCAUCAUUGGUAGGAGAAGUACCUACAGAUUUUAAGUGGUCACCUGAUGAAGCCAAAGCUGAAGCAAAAGAAGCAGUAAUCUGGCUGCCGCCCCCUCCUAUUGAAACCUUAUCAGGAGAUAUUUUGGAGGAAUGGUUAACAAAAGGGCCAAAAAAACUAAGCAUAGAUAAUGAAACACAGUUUGUGGAUCCAAACAUUCUACAGGGUAUUUUGAAUGCUAAGACAAUAUUUGACACUUUAGAUGAUGAAGAUUUGAGAAAUGCAAGGUUUCGAAGCAAUCCAUAUGAAACGAUUGGAUCUGUUAUAUUUUUAAACAGAGCAGCUGUCAAAAUGGCUAACAUUGAUGCUGUAUUUGAUUAUAUGUUCACCAAUCCUAAAAAAGAAAAUGGUGAACCAAUGAUUACUGAAAAGGAUAUAUUAUAUUUUGCUGAUGUCUGUGCUGGACCUGGUGGAUUUUCUGAAUAUGUUUUAUUUAGAAAGAGUUGGAAAGCCAAAGGAUUUGGUUUUACUUUAAAAGGAGGUAAUGAUUUUAAACUCUUAGACUUCUAUGCUGGUACUCCAGAGACAUUCAAUACAUUUUAUGGUGUGAAGGAUGAUGGCAACAUUUUUGAUCCUGCUAAUUUGAUGUCACUCAAAGAUUAUGUUUUAAAUCAAACAGAUGAUAAGGGGGUGCACUUUCUAAUGGCAGAUGGGGGGUUUUCUGUGAGUGGUCAAGAAAAUAUUCAAGAAAUAUUAUCAAAACAGUUAUACCUAUGCCAGUGUCUCGCUGCCUUGAUGCUAGUGAGAACUGGUGGUCAUUUUGUUGUAAAACUAUUUGACGUUUUUACAAAAUUUAGCGUUGGUCUUAUUUAUAUUAUGUACAGAUGUUUUGAAAAAGUGUGUAUAUUUAAACCAGUGACAUCUCGCCCGGCCAAUUCCGAGAGGUAUCUAGUAUGUAAGUGGAAAAAGGUUGGCACAGAGUCGGCUGAGCGACAUUUGCAGUCAGUCAACUCAAUGUUGUGGAGUGAGCUCGAUAGAGAGGAUGAUGUUACUGAAUUGGUACCAUUGUCUGUGCUCAUGGAUGAUCAGCCCUUUUUUGAGUAUAUAUACAAGAGCAAUUGUGUACUUGGAGAGAAACAAAUCAAAAAUCUACUGAAACUAGCGGAAUUUAGUAAAAACAAAGAAUUAAAUGAGACGUGUCAAGCUGAAAUGAGAGAACAGUGUUUGCGGUUGUGGAAACUUCCUGACAAAGUGAGAACACAGCCUGAGCGUAAGGGACCAGAUGAGACCAUGUUAAGCAUAUUGGCUAAAUUACCAAAGCCACCUGCGGACUCAAACAAUGCAUUUGCUUUUAAAAAUGCAACCCUUAACAAACAGCCAAUAUAUUUGGAGACCCCAGCGGAUAUGAAAUUACUGAAUAACGCAUACGAUUGGCAAUUUACAUUCCUCACGAGUAGUAAAGGCAGUACUGAUUUGAGGAUUUUUAUUGGUUGUGGGGGCAAGCGUGUUUAUCAAUUAGACGGAACUAGCUGGAGAAUUUUAGCUGACUUGCAAAUAACACUACCUGCAAAUACAAUUUUGUAUGGAGAGAUAGUGAAAGAAUGCCGUGGCCAAAGCAUGCGACAAAUGCACACUAAGGCACUACACGUCAUAGAUGCUCUGAUGUUAGGAGGGAAAGAUAUAUCAAAUCUACCACUAUCAGCUCGAGUUAAUCAAUGCUCUCUAUUUUGUACUGCAUUGGAAAAACAUUUGUGUACACCGGGCUUACCAAUACGAUGUAAACGUUUCUUCAAUCUAGAGUUAUUUUCAACAGCAAUAGCCAAUUUAGAGUAUCGGUCAAUGAAAAGAAUACGAAAAGCUGUGACUAUGGACAUACCUAAGCGUAAUAAUAGAGAUGAUAUGUUCUAUGUUGUUGGCUCUUUGCUUUUUAUAAGAGAAGUGAGAGAACCAUGGUCAGGUCAAAUGUCGAAAUCAAGAGGUUUAAAAUAUUAUUUCCGCAUGGACAAAGAUGGUAAACGGUACAGUGAGUAUGAAAUUCCUGAUGAUGCUACAUUGGAUAUGAUAUCUGCAUACAAGAAUCGGAUUAUGUGGUCCUGGGGUGAUGCUGCCAAUGCCAUUUUCGAUGGACAGGUACAAAAUGGGGUGUCCAGAACGGAUAUGGAAGUAUAUGUCGCUCGUAAUAUUGACAGAUAA